CGGGGACAGCGGGCCCUACCCGGGCGGGCGGCGAGAGGGGGCGCUGCGGGGCCGGCCGGUCGCGGCGUGGAGGAAGUGCCGUCUUCGCCGCCUCAGCCGCCUGAGGUGCGCCGCCGGGCCACCUCAGCCGCGCGGGCCGCGAUGUCGUCCCGGCCGGGGCGCGACGAUGCCGGGGCCGGGGGCGUGCGGCGGCCGCGGGAGCCGGCCGAGCAGGAGCUGCAGCGGCGCCGGGAGCAGAAGCGGCGGCGGCACGACGCGCAGCAGCUGCAGCAGCUCAAGCACCUGGAGUCCUUUUAUGAAAAACCUCCUCCUGGGCUUAUCAAGGAAGAUGAGACUAAGCCGGAAGACUGUAUACCAGAUGUACCAGGCAACGAACAUGCCAGGGAAUUUCUGGCUCACGCACCAACAAAAGGACUUUGGAUGCCACUGGGGAAAGAAGUCAAAGUUAUGCAGUGUGAGUACAGGAGAGUUGCAAGUAACACUCCUCCAUACACGCAAGUUAUACACCACUAUUUACAAAGUUGGCGUUGUAAACGGUAUGGUCACCGAACAGGCGACAAAGAAUGCCCUUUCUUUAUCAAAGGCAACCAAAAGUUAGAACAGUUCAGAGUAGCACAUGAAGAUCCCAUGUAUGACAUCAUACGAGAGAAUAAAAGACAUGAAAAGGAUGUAAGGAUACAGCAGUUGAAACAGUUACUGGAGGAUUCUACCUCUGAUGAGGAUGGAAGCAGCUCCAGUUCCUCAGCAAGUAAAGAGAAACACAAGAAAAAGAAGAAGAAAGAAAAGCAUAAGAAAAGGAAGAAGGAAAAGAAGAAGAAGAAGAAACGAAAGCAUAAGUCUUCCAAGUCAAAUGAGAGUUCAGACUCGGACUGAACAACAACUCGAAUGUUCAACAUUCUCUUCUCCCAAAUCAGACACUGCGGCCAAAGACCAGAGGCAUGCAAUCCGGGAGGACUAGGAGAGCGGGGUAUUUGGUGUCCUGCAUGUGAAUUCUCACCUGCCUUCCAGCAGAGAUGUGACCCCAGGAGGGUGAGUUGUACUGUCUCGGGCGCUAGCUCUGGACAGCGGCUGAUGUCAGGCAGGAGAGCCUUGUCCAGUGUCGUCCUCCCGCUGAUCCCUACAGUUUGUGAUUCCUUCAAGCUGCCUCUGCCAGGGUGGCCGGACCAAGGAAUGAGUCUCUGAGGACACUCCAGGUGCUGCUGCAGCCUUUCCUCCCCAGGGCGCUACUUAAUUCCCAGAGACUUCAGGUUUGACUUUCCUCUGUUGUCCAGGAUAAUAAAAGCUUGUUAUUUAUUUUUUAAAUGUA